AUGUCUCGUGGGACUAAGCGAACAGUUUAUAAGCUAACAGAUACCUCGCAUCACACACCGUUUAAAGAGAGAGCGCCAAGCGUUACAUCUUUAGUUAUUUCCCAUCCAAAGCAAGGCUCAUUUGCAACGAACCCAUCACCUCCAAGGUAUCCUUUACUAAACCAAAAACUAUCUGCUUGUGUUAAUUUACAUAACACACGUUCACAAGCUGAUUUAAAAGGAAGAGAAGACCAGCCGAAUCCUGGGCCAAAAAAAAUCAGAGAUGGAUCUCCUGCCACAACAAAUAAAAUUUUGAAUAAUUCUCUGAAAAAGCAAGCAUCAUCAGGCAAUCUAUCAAUGAUCUCUUCUAAUGGAAACUCUUUUUCAUUAAGUCAAUUGGAUUCUUCAUUCCAUUUAAAAUCAAUUUCAAACAAACAAGAAGCCUUUACUCACUCUUGCACUGAAUGCCUUGACCCAAAAUCUCACAUUAAGCAAAAAUCGCUCAAUUGCACAGAAAGCGAUUACUCUCUGAAUGAAAAAAUAAAGGUUUUGGAGCUAAAUGAAGAAAAAAUCCCUCUGAAAUACAAACUUUCAGUUAUUAAGCAAGCUUUAGAAGAAAUUUCGAAUAAGGAUCAGCAAUAUGGGCCAAUUUUAAAAAAAAUAAAGCUGAGCUUGGAUCAGUAUGUGCGCGAGAUGAAAACUAUUGAAAAAUUAAACGAAAUUUUAAAGGAAACUAAAGAGGAGCUUGAAAGGGUAAAAUCAGACAAUAAAAAUCUGCUUGCAAAGGUUGAGAUUCUAAGUAAUAAAAAACCGUUGAGAACAAAUUCACAAGAUUCUUCAAGCUCUAAAGGAGAAAAUAGCGAAGUUGUUUUAAAGCUAAUAGAAGAAAAUAAAGAAUUAACACAAAAUCUGUUAUGUGCGCAAAAAGAGCUAAAAAAAUUUCAGAUUAGAGACAAAAAAUAUAUGAUGUUGAUUACAGAAAUGAAGAACAGAGGAUAUCCAGUUGAUGAAAUUUAUGAUUCUGCAAUUAAAAGCUCAAAAAGAUCAAAUUCAAGAGGAAAAAAGGUACCCACAUUGCCAUUAGCAGAUGUUAAAAAUUGUAUAUCAAUUAGCACUGGGGACUCUGAUCUAACAGGUAUAGAGUCUCAAGCUACCACAGGGCACAAUAUCACAUCUAUUCAAAGCCCACCCGAAGACAGGCAUGAUGUCCCAAAGCUUAAAAUUCCUAUGAAAAAGUCUACAGAAUUUCAUCAAGAAUUUAUGUCAAAAUUUGAUGAGUUUUCUGAGUCUUGGAGGCAUCAAAUGGAUGUGCAAAAAAGGUAA